AUGGCUGCCGAGGACGAUGUCGAGUUUGUGAAAGAGUGCGCGGAUCUGUUUAUCGAGACGGUCGAGGAGCGCAUGCCUGAGCUGUCAGCAUCCGUGUCUGCGGGCGAUCACGAGGCUACCUAUACCCAUGCACAUUACAUUGGAUCGUCGUGCGGCAACGUCGGGGCAGACGCGAUGCUCAAGGCGGCACGGGCGACCGAGGCGGCCUCCAAGGCCGGCGACGCCGGCGGCGUGGCCACCAACUUUGACCAGCUCCAGAAGGAGUUUGCACGGGCCAAGGCAUACUUUAAGGACCUCCUUGGAUAA